UCGGCUGUUUUUUUUGACCAUGACCUAUUAGAUUUAUAAACACGACUUUUUAGCGUUUGUAAACUGAACAAUACACUAACAAUUUGAAUAGUUUUGAUUUUGCUUCAAUGUCAAUAUUCUUUGAUUUCAACGUCGGUCCGAGUGGUAGAAGGUUUCGAAGAGCCGUAGAUGGAGACAAAAGUGAUAUAGAAUCGAUUAUUAAUCGUCAACAUACCGAUUGUCUGUUCGGUACUCCUGACAUAGGCAGCUUGAUAGAAUUUUCGACUCUAUCGAUAUGCAUGGUGAAUGAAAACAAGCAAGUGACGGGUUUCAUGGCGCUGUGUGACCACCCUAACAUUGUUGGCGUUGAUCCGGCCGAUUGGGAAUUGUGGAUCAGGAAUAUGUUUCAGAAAUACUAUUUGUCGAGAAACACGCUGUUCAUCCAUUUCAUGUGUUGCAUCGACGCGGCGACGGAUACAUUUCUGGAGGACGCCUUUGUGUCGGUAUUUCGCAAUGAUGUCUACCUGCUGAACAUAGUUAUUGUGGUCCCACGUGAUUGCCCAGCAGAUUGGACCACGAGGUAUAAAACAUUCAAGAGGUAUAACAUCUACAAAUUCUAUCCGGAAAUCGAAGGCAGCAUUGACCGUUCGCUUUACAUACAUACGGCAAUGCGCCAGAAUUUUUGUCCGAAAUUAAAAAUACGCCGAGCUGUAGAAGAAGACAACGAUGACAUAGUAGAAAUGCUCGGCAAGAAUUGUCCGGCAUUACAAGAGUUAUACGGCAAUUAUUACAUUAGUGAAAUUAUUGGCCGACAUCCUGAAAUGGGCAGAAAGAUCAUCGUGGCAGAUUACCAAGACCAAGCUGUGGGCGUGAUGUGUCUAAGCUCUAAAAUUAAUUACGAAAUGCUUCAAAAGACAUACGAGCUUGGCCCUUACCACGGAUUGAAAAAGGCGACCCCAAUAGAAAAGGAAAAUUACAAACGAUCAAAUGCUUUGCUAAAGACUUUUGGAAUGCCAAUAAUGCUUGGUAAAUGGAGUCCCUUCAAAGUAAUUUCUAAACAAGACUUCAUAAAACCCGAUAAUGAGCCUUCAAAAGGAAAACCGCCACAUAAACGGGCCAAAGGCUUGAGCAGGGUAAACUUUGAAUGCCAAACCGAGCCGAAGGAAAGAUUUGACAACUUUUUCUCCAACCAAACUUCAGAGGACUACAGUGAAAAAGAGCUAAUAUCCUCUGCACCCUCGGCGUUGACGUGUCUGUCUGUAACCAAUCUCCUUGAUGACGAUCCAUUUGAUUACGAAAUCGUUAACAUUGAUGACAAACUGCUUAACGUGCCCGAAGUAUUGUCCAGUGAAUUCCUUUUGUCUCAAAUAAGACGUGAUCGUUCUCAACGUUCCCAUACAGUUAAGACUGAAGAUAAAAGAAACCGUAAGGAUUUUGUCCAGAGAUCCUCAAUGCUCAGAAGACCAACGUAUGAAGAAGAAGAAUUAGUAGCGCAUUCAGCUGGUGAUCCUAAUGCUUUUGUAAUUGAAUUGUUUGGGCUUCGAGAGGAUAUAGAUGACAGACAAUCAUUCCACUUAUUGGAAACAGCUUUUGAAAUAAUGAAGGAAUAUGAUUACUGCAUUAUUCGAGUGCCUUGUAAGGAGAAGAGCUUUCAUUUACUAGAACAUUUUUGUUUUGUUCCGACGAGGAGAAAAAUAAAUUCAGAAUAUGCUCUUUACGUUGCGCAUAGAAAUUCAGUAUUGAGUAAAUUGCGCGUCCGCAAGGCAGAGUUAAUUGAUAUUCCACAAAUAACUCAGCUUUUAAGGAAUCUGGACGGAAGAGAAACCCUUUGGACGGUGGAAAAUACUAUUUUGAAUAGGAAUCACUUACAAUGUUAUGUGUUUUUAAGCGGUGUUUCACUUAUUGGUGUUGGUAUUCUAGAGCAACCAGAACACAUUGAUUUCAUACGAGCGAAAUACAAUAUGGAUUGUUACCGAAUUAACAAGUACCACAUAAACGAAGACCAUCACAAUAAUAUAUUGACUAUUAAAUCAUGUCUCGUGUACCCGGUGUUCGAGGCGCAUUCUAGAUUCUUUGCUAGAGACAUGAUGAGGCUAUCUGGCGCCAACGCACUUCUGUGGUUGACUGCAUAUAGAAAUAGAUGGGUGAUUCAUAAAACGAAUUCCUUAGCGGGGGCAAUGAUCCCUUUGAUUCCAAGAAAAUCACAAAUAGACUGUACACUGGUGCCUGAGCUAAGGAGGAUACGCGAACUUUUGAAUACAGUAAUGCCUUUUAGCGCGUGGUUUGUAAAUAAGAAGCUGAGCAGUGUUCCGAGAGUAAAUGUUGACACCAGAAUAUUAGUGGUUGGUGCUUCAAGGACUGCGAUAGCGUUUUUGAACGCUCUGCUCUUCAGUGAUACAUGUCCAUACCUAUUCUUCACUAGCGUAACUCUGGUAUCGUCUACUGGCUUACCUUACGCGCGACGUACAAAAGCGAUUUCAGAGAUGAUGUUUCAGAAAAAUCGCACUAAUUCUGAGGAUUAUUUAAAAAGUGUGCCUUUCACUUACUAUGUAAAUAUUGUUCAAGGCACCAUGGUGGAGAUUAAUAGACGCAAAAAGUACAUAGCAAUAUUGAAUGGAAGCAAGUAUUAUUAUGAUUUGCUCUUUCUGUUCAUUGGAAAGCAGUACCAACAUCCUCAUUACAUGAAACCUAUAUUAGAAAGAGAGAAAGAAAUAAGGAGUGGUAGAAUCCCUAAAUACAUUCGUUUGGAUAUCCCGCACCCUAGUCCAGAGCCAAAGGUCGGCAAUGCCACACCGUCUAAUGUUUUCAUCGUAAACACGAUAUCCGACGCCAAUAAGGCUUUGAAUGUUGUAAAGACCUUGACUUAUCAGGAUACGGAUUAUAAUAUUAUUGUGUAUGGUGCUACUCUACACGCAUAUUGUUGUUUGGCCACUUUGUUAGAAAUGAAGGUUCCUCCUGAAAACAUAAUUUUUAUUGAACCUUUUCCUCCAGAGGAUUCUAAGGAGCCGCGUGUAUCAUUAUUUUGUAAUGUUAAUGUAGACAAAUCGGUAUCCGAAAUGCUCAACAACCUAAAGAUCAAAGUAUACCGAUCCUAUUACUUCCAGAGAUGGUAUACAGAUAAUGUCAAUUUGGUUGUGUACAUCGAUUUUCUCUCCCACUUUCAUAUGCUGAAGCUUAAGUGUUCCCUGUUUUUUUACUAUGGCACUAUUGGUGUUAACGAAGAGGCUUAUAUUGCUAUCAAUAAAAGUGGAAUGGCAUACGACGAUGGCAUACUUAUAGACCAUAAGUUCAAGACGAAGGACCCAUCAAUAUACGCCGCGGGUACAGCGACUCGAUACAGGAGAAAAUAUUACGCUGAUAAUAUGAGACUUAAGUAUUAUGAUGCUAAUGAAGUUGGCACUAAGUUGGGAUAUCAAAUAAAAAACCAGUUAGAUCCUUUAUUUAAAGAAGUAAGAAAAGAACCAGGAAAAUUAAGCAAAGAUACAACUCAGGAUAUAAGCUCCGGCUCUUCUAAGACAGUGAAAAAUAAAAGCGUUGAUACUGAAAGGUCUGUCAGUGAGGCUUCUGAAUCUUUGGAAAAUAUUCCGAAAAUACCAGUGUUUAAAAAACCCCACGUGUCUUACUGCUCACUUCCUGGCGGAUUACAAUAUUUAGAAGUGCGUUCUUCAGGGAAGAAGAUGCCGCAUCAAUACGUACAGUCCUUGCAAUAUAAUGGCAUCGUGAUGGAAACUUUCAAAGGAGGAUACUUUAAACUUCACCUGAUCAAUGAUCUUAUAGUCGACGGCAUAACUUGUCUGACACGAGAGAUGUAUUCUUUGGAGAACUUCAAAAAUCUUUAUGGGUUAUCGGCAACUGUUUUAAAUAACGUGCAUCUACGCUAUACAGCAAAGAAAUUGGAUGACUUUUAUACAUUUUUUCGUGCGCCUUGGGCCUAUUUUCUGUAUCAUGACCAAGCGGAUGAACUGUUUGCGAUGGUGAAGGAACUUCUACCUAAGGGAAACAGCGAUGGAGAUACUUUGGAAGAAGCCAUGCGAGCAGUUGGAGAAAUUUUAAGUGAUCCGUUCCACACCAAGCUCAAGAUACGUUCCACAUUUGACAAAUCACCACAUGUUGAAGCUAUCACAGACUACGUCAUCGAGUGGCUCUCAGAGAACGAUGUUCUAUUGCCCAUGUAUUUGCAACCCUUUCAAACUAACUAUUAUAACCAAGACUUGGACCACAAUUCAAAAAUCGACGAUCCGUUACCUGAACGUGUUUCUGGACGGGAUAUGGUGGUAGAAAAGGAAUCGUACAAAACUACUACCGGAGAAUACUGCGUGAAGCCGAACCCCAAUAAAGCGAUGGAGAGAUCUGACUGUGCUAUUAACUGUCGUAGAGUCAUAUUCAUGACUGGCGUUGAAAAACGUUUACAAGGUAAAAAUAUUGUUCAACCGGUCAUGAUCUCAGAGAUGAAAGAUAACUUCAGAGGAGUAGUUAAACCUUCAACAGCGCCUCCGGAUAUUGUUGUCAAGCCACCAGAUCCCGAAUAUAUUUUUGACGUCAUAGCGUCGGGCAGAAAUGAGGCGCCAGCAAUUUCCGAUAGUGCAGGUGGAUUCCGAAAACUUCUCGAUCCUUAUGUAUCAACGUACAGAACCUAUCACAAGCCGUUUACUGUUGAAGAACAAUUUGGCAUUGGAGCUAAGGAUCAGAUUACUUUCUAUUCUGAAUUCAACUUGCCUAAGGUUCGAGGUUUUGGUCCACGACACAAGGAGAUAUGGAUGCCUUUAACAGCCAAGGUUCAUAGAGGCGUGUAUGAUAGAAUUCAUGUAAAGAAGGAGUACAAGGAAGUUGCGGCUUGUCAUAAUCCUGUAAAUAACAUAAAAGGGGUCUUCGAAUCUGAAACAAAGAAGAAAUACAAAGUUCCUUUCGCAAUAUCCCCUCUUGCAUCCUGGGACCACGGAGAGAUGUUCGACUUGGCCCCGUACCCUCCCAACCCUUACCAAACCGACAUAGCACCAUUCAUGUACUGCAGCGAUUACUGUCACAUUGCCCAGGGUACCCCGCCAUAUACGGUUAUAGACCAACUCAAGCACAAUCUGAAGCCACGUCAAAAAUGUGUGGAAAGAUUCAUAGUGUCCAGAGAUUUUGCUCCGUAGCCUAUUUUUUAUUUAUUUAAAUAAAAUACCUAAUACCGUU